AUGUGGAUGAGCAGACGCCUCCUCCGACAUUUUAUUCACGUAACGCUGGACUCUACCCUGCCUGCCUUUUUCCAGUUUGUGGACUGUCCAACCAGGAAUAACAGAACCAUAAACUUGCUGUAUGCUAAUUUGAAGGAUGCAUACAGGGCUAUUCCACUACCACCGCUGGGGAAAUCAGAUCACAACCUGGUCUUCCUGCAGCCUCAGUACAAACCACUGGUACUGAGGCAGUCCACUACCACACGCUCAUUCAGAGUCUGGUCUCCUGAAGCAGAGGAAGCCCUAAGGGACUGCUAUGACACCACUGACUGGAGCGUGCUGCUGCACCCACAUGGCGAGGACAUUGAGGGGGUGACUCACUGUGUUACAGACUACUUGAAUUCCUGUAUGGAUGUUGCUGUUACCACAAAGACUGUACGCUGCUUUCCAAACAACAAACCCUGGAUUACCAGUACCGUCAAGGACCUCCUCAACCAAAAGAAGAGGGUGUUCAAAGAUGGAAAUCUGGUACAGCUAAAGCGCGUACAGAGGGAACUCAAGGUACGUCUUAAAGAGGCCAAGGAGUCUUACAGGAAAAAGGUGGAAAGAAAGCUGCAAGAUAACAACAUGAAGGAGGUCUGGGGUGCGAUGAAAACCAUCACUGGGUGCAAGAACAACAACGGCAAUCCAGUAGAUGGGGGUGUGGACAGAGCAAACCAGUUUAACAACUUUUACAACAGGUUUGAAUGUCCUCCUGCUGCCCCCUCCUCCUACCCUCCUGCAUCAUCACCAUCAUCUCCACCACCAUCACCUCCAACUCCACCAUCACCCUCACCUCCAUCUUCAUCACCACCACCACUCUCUCCUCCAUCAUCAUCUUCAUCAGCACCAUCCUCCUCACUUCCUCCAUCUUCAUCUUCAUCACCACUACCAUCACCCCCACCUCCACCAUCUUCAUCAGCACCAACACCACCCUCACCUCCACCACCUUCAUCAUCAACACUAUCAGCUGGCAGACAAAUCAGCUCCACCAGUCCACCAAACUUUACUGCAGACGAAGUAAGGAGACAGCUGAGGAGACUUCACCCCAGGAAGGCAGCUGGCCCGGACAGAGUGUCCCCCAGAAAGUGAACCAAGAAACUGCAACAAGUUUUUUUCGAGUUCUUGCCACCAUCUACAGGGAUGAGAGAGAAUAUUCAAGGAAGAUCUAUGAUGUUGGCAACACUGAGCAUCUUAUUGAAACAGCAUCGGCAGAACAACUUGGAUAUGUUGUUGUGAGAAUUCUGAAAUUCAACCCACAAUUUCAGGAAUUUAUUGACGUAGAUAGGAAUGUAGACAUCAGGAACUUAGACAGAUUCUAGCUGUUCUUAUCAUGCAAAGAGACUGAAUCAUCUCAACCUAUGGCCACUUCAGUGUCCCAAGCUCAGCAUACUCAAGUUUCACAAGAGCAUGAAAAACUGAGGUCCAUUUUGGAAAAGAAAGCACCAGAGACACUUGAUGAACUCAAAACCAAAGGCACUGUGACAGAAAAAGCAAGAAUAAAGCUUGUUAAAUUAUGUGUAUCUGACCUGGUGGA